ACACACACACACACACACUCACACACGGAGCCAGAGAGGAGCCAACAUGGCUGAAGCAGAAGUCAGCGAGAUAACUUCUGGAGGUAUUUUCCAAGAAAUCUUCACCUCCCCGCUGAAUUUGACCCUCCUCAGCCUCUGUCUCUUCCUCCUCUACAAGAUCUUCCGCGGGGACAAACCACCGGAGCUCGGUGAGGCGGACAAACCGCUGCCCAAACUGAAGAAGCGAGAUUUCACCAUCGCAGAGUUGAAGCCCUACGAUGGACUCCAGGACCCAAGGAUCCUCAUGGCUGUCAACGGGAAAGUGUUCGACGUGACCAGAGGGAAGAAGUUUUACGGGCCAGAGGGGCCGUACGGAGUGUUUGCAGGCAGAGAUGCAUCCAGAGGCCUCGCAACAUUCUGCCUUGAGAAGGAGGCCCUGAAAGACGAACACGACGACCUGUCCGACCUGAACGCCAUGCAGCAGGAGAGCCUCUCUGAGUGGGAGAGUCAGUUCACCUUUAAGUACGACUACGUCGGCAAGCUCCUGAAACCAGGCGAGGAGCCCACAGAGUACACAGACGACGAGGAGGGAAAAGACAAAAAGGCGGACUAGAAAAUGAAAGGCGAAGAAGACAAGGAAAAACUGAUCGAUGCCUUAAUGUUUGUAAUUUUGAUGCCUGUUGCCUCCUGUUAGGGCCAAUCUUCUGUAUGUAUCUUAGCACUUUUGGACUGUCACAAUCCUGCAUUUUAUAUGCUGACUGAAUUCCAUUUAUCUCCAUUUAUCUUGUGGCAUUAACAGUUAAAUAUGCUGCAUUCUGAUACAGAGCUGUGCAGUGUUGUUGAGCCCGACCGAUAAAUCAGUCUGCCAGUUCGAUCAGCUGAUAUUAGCCUGGCGCAGAUAUAUCAGAGUAUAUGUUGUCUGAUAUGCACCAAUACGAAACUUUUCUUUUACAGAACACAACGCAGAAAAGGAUGCUUGAAGUAACUUAUAAUUAUUAAAUCCUCAAAUGAAGUUUACUGUGCACUGAAACAGUAACACGCUAGUUAGCCAGUUAGCACAUAAACAACACAAUCCAGUGUUGAAAGAACAGAGCAGCGUUUCUGCUAAAGAGCUCACUGACUAAGAAAAAUAAUUUGACCUUAUGUAACAAGUUAGUUUUUGGUCUCACUCCUCCUUUUUUUACUUUCCCCACUUCUGUUUCUCUUCUCGUGCGCUGAGCUGAACUGCCAAUCAGAGUGAUUUCAUUCACCGACGGGUUUCACUAUUGCAGCCACCAGUUCAACAUGCUGAAUCAGCCAAAAAAAGCCAACGGCAGCUAACAAGGGGCAACGGUGCGGGACACACUGCACUGACAAAGCCAGCAGACAUUCACCGACAGCCCAACAUUGACCUACGGCCAACUGACAGCUUCUUGCUUGCCUUAUAACAUCUAGCCUCCAUUACAUACCUUUGUUGCAAGUGUUUUAUAACCACAUUUUAGGGAUAAUUGACAGACUCCAUAUCAGCCAGUAUAUAUCUACACCAGAAUUUUGAUAUCGGUUUCGGGAUCUGCCCCAAAAAUCAAGUAUCGGUCGGGCUCUAGUUGUUAGAGUUCAUCAGUUAACUGUAAAAUUGAUCUUUAGAUGGUUGCGGAGAAUCGAGAACUCGGACCAGUUCCACUGACGGUUAUACGUCCUGUUGUCUGAAGGAAAUCAGUUGAAGCUGCGAGUAAAUCCACAGCUCUGUCGUACACUUUGUUAACGUGACUGCUGAUGUGUUGCAGGUUGUAAACAUUCCUUUCAUCCAAGUUUGGGCUCAUCUCAAAUUAAAAAAAAAUUGUCUCAGAAUGUAGUUUCACUCAUAAUCUAAAAUGGAGCCAGAGGGUAGAUUUAAAGUGUUUUUUAACGUGAGUCUUUCCAAAUAAACUCUUGAAUUAAUUUUACAGAGAUCAUUUCAAGUGAGCUUGACCAAAAGUUAGUUUGGUUCAUCAGCAAGUCUCCCUGAAAAUAGGUCCCUAUCCAGGGAACUAAUCUCGAGCUGUGUCUCAGUUCAGGGGCUGCAGCCUUUGACGGACGCGGCCUUCGUAGUCAACGUCGGCCACGUCCUUGCAAGGCCACAUCAGCCAAACCGAAUUGUCUCCGGUCUGGUCUCUGGUCUGCAGAGGAUUUCCUUGUUGCAUCACCAGUUGUUCUCGCCCCGACCCGUUGGUGUUCCUACUACCUAGCAACCAGCUGCACUUGGCAAAAGAAGGGGUAAGCUAGUAAGUUAGUUAGCCCUAAAUCAUGGACCCAGAGAAUGUUAUGUGAUAUAUAUAUUUGUUUUUAAAUUUAAUACUUGAGGUGAUGACUCACCGCCAGAGACGUUUGAUAUAUUUCAGGCUGAUGGACUGUUUGCAGGUAAACUUUUGAAAUUAAGAUUGUUUAAACUGUGCACUUUUAACUAAUAGUAAUGUUAACAACAGUUAACUGUUAGCUAGCUGUCAGUUAACUUAAUAUAUAAUCAUUACCGGUGCACAAUACAUCAUGGGAUAGGAUGGGCCAAGAAGCAUUCAUCUGUUGCAUCCUCCAAAUGGGAAAGAACGGGGAAAGAAGGCUGCAUUUGAAGGAGCCCUCGAAAUGGAAUGGCCUCAGCCGCGCCAAUGUGACGCAAUCAGUCUUAAAAUGCAGCCUUUGAAGGCUGCAGCCCCUCAACUGAGACACAGUCUCCAUGUUUACUGGUACUUUUGGUCGGACUCUGAAAUGGGUAAAAGAAUUCAUAUGAAAUGAGAAGGGCACUCGUUUCCCUUUUCCACCAAAUGAGCUUAUGUUCAUGAUUCUUGUUCAGGUUCUUCCUCGGCUCAUGCUCCACCCUUUCACCACAUUUAAUGAAAGUUGGGGCAGUAGUUUUUCCCAAAAGCCUGCUGACAAACGAACAAACCCGAAGCAAACACCACCUCCAUGGCGGAGUUAUUUAAAGUUUAUCUGGAAAGCUUUAGGCCUCAGUCACACAGAAAGCAUUUUAGCAGCUGGAGGCGAGCUUUUUGCUCGCAGUUUUGCAUCGCUGUGCACCUCACGUUUCUGCUCUCUAGGCACCUGGUGUUUUUGCUGUAGCGCUCUGAACUCCUCGAGUAAAAUAAUCUUCAACUCAGAGCAGAAAAGCGCCCCACGUCAUCGCCGCUUUUUUUUUACCUUUGUCCAAUCAGAUGAUUUGAGAGGCGGGCCUUCUGUGGUGGUCACAUUUACAGUUGGUAAACAAUGGAGGAGAAACUGGUGGUGGCGGUUGCUGGAUAUCCAGAGCUAUACGACUUUACAAACCACAGUUAUCAUCUCAAAAGAAAACAGCAGGUGUGGAAGCAUAAGUGCAGCUUGAAGCAGCCAUCAUGGAGGAGAAGCUCCUGGACCAACUGGUGGUACUCCCCAUGAUCCAGCUUCUUUUUUAGGGUCUCAUGUACCCACACAGAUCUCCAUAGUGGGUUCGCAUUACCUGCCCCAGUACAUAUAUCUGGACACAGUUAUGAAAGAAACACCUGGGCUAAUAAAAUACAGGAAUUUACCUUCUAACAGAACUCUGAUGAGCUGAUGUAAAGAUUAAAGAUGUUGUCACAUAAACACUAAUGAGUUCUCCUUUAUGCACUUUUUCUUGAUAAACUGUAUCAACAUUUACUUUAUAUAUUCUGUGAUAUAAUGUGUCAACUGGCCACAACAGUUUCUUGUCUAAUCUUCAAUAAAAGGACAAAGAUGCCCAGAUGUUUGUUAACUCA